AUGGCUUCAAGACCUGAAUUAAAGCUCGACGACGAGGGCGGCUUCAUUCGAUUCUACAAGUCCCUCCCCGAUGUAGGGGAGGACACCAUCAGGAUAUUCGACCGAGGCGACUGGUACACGGCACACGGUGACAAUGCCUCCUUCAUUGCCAGAACGGUCUACAAAACGACCUCCGUUCUCCGCCAGCUAGGUCGAAACGACCAUACCGGCCUUCCAUCUGUAACAAUGACCAUCACAGUCUUCCGUCAGUUUCUCAGAGAAGCUCUAUUCAAGCUGGGCCGACGCAUCGAAAUUUGGGAGAGCCCCAAUGGUCGGAUGAACUGGAAGUGCGUCAAGCAGGCCUCCCCCGGCAAUCUGCAGGACGUCGAGGACGACCUUGGCGGCCAGAUUGAAUCUGCGCCAAUGAUCAUGGCAGUCAAGAUUUCAGCCAGAGCAUCCGAGGCAAGGAGUGUCGGCGUGUGUUUUGCCGAUGCCAGCGUCAGAGAGCUCGGAGUUAGCGAGUUCCUAGACAACGACCUCUACUCCAACUUUGAAUCUUUGCUCAUUCAACUGGGUGUUCGGGAAUGCGUUAUCCAGCUCGAUAAAGGCGACAAGGAUAAGGAUCCCGAACUGGCCAAACUCAGACAAAUCAUUGACAACUGCGGAGUCGCCGUUGCUGAGCGUCCUGCGGGGGACUUUGGUACGCGGGAUAUCGAGCAGGACCUCGCUCGUUUACUCAAGGACGACAAGUCUGUUCAUCUUCUCCCCCAGACUGAUCUCAAGCUUGCCAUGGGGUCCGCAGCCUCAUUGAUCAAAUACCUCGGAGUCCUGCAGGAUCCAUCAAACUUUGGGCAGUACCAGCUCUACCAGCACGACCUGGCGCAGUUCAUGAAACUUGACGCCGCAGCUCUCAAAGCCCUUAAUUUGAUGCCUGGUCCGCGCGACGGAUCCAAGACGAUGAGCAUCUAUGGCGUCCUCAAUCACUGCAAGACGCCAGUCGGCAGCCGCUUGCUCGCUCAAUGGUUGAAGCAGCCCCUGAUGGAUAAGGACGAGAUUGAGAAGCGCCAACAGUUGGUCGAGGCUUUCUUCACCGACACGGAGCUGAGACAAACCAUGCAAGAGGAACAUCUUCGCUCCGUGCCGGAUCUCUAUCGCCUGUCCAAGAGGUUCCAGCGAGGCAAGGCAAAUUUGGAAGAUGUUGUUCGUGCAUACCAGGUUGUGAUUCGACUCCCUGGCUUCAUUGGCACUUUGGAGGGUGUGAUGGAUGAAGCCCAUCGAGAUCCUCUUGAUGUGGCGUACACCACCAAGUUGCGUGAGCUGUCUGAUAGCCUUGGCAAAUUGCAAGACAUGGUAGAACAGACAGUUGAUCUGGAUGCACUCGACCGGCAUGAAUACAUUAUCAAAUCUGAGUACGAUCAAGGACUGCGGACUAUUCGCAGGAAGCUUGAUCAGCUCGACCGCGACAUCAGGGCAGAGUUCCAUGAGGCUGCCCGGGACCUAGGUCAGGAAGCAGACAAGAAAAUAUUCCUAGAGACCAGCCACAAGGUCCACGGCGUUUGCAUGCGACUGACGAGGCAAGAAGCCGGCUGCAUUCGAAACAAGCCAAGCUAUCAAGAAUGCUCUACACAAAAAAAUGGCGUAUACUUUACCACAAAAAAGAUGCAGUCCUACCGACGGGAGCACGAUCAGCUUUCGCAGAAUUACAACAGGACCCAGAGCAGUCUGGUCAAUGAGGUUGUUCAUGUUGCGUCAUCAUACUGUCCCGUUCUCGAGCGGCUUGCGGGCGUGCUAGCUCACCUUGAUGUGAUCGUAUCGCUCGCCCAUUGCUCCGUCCAUGCUCCAGUGGCAUAUGUGCGGCCCAAGAUGCAUACCCGAGGCGAAGGCCAAACCCGACUAAUCGGCGCUCGCCAUCCUUGCAUGGAGCUGCAGGACGAUGUGCAAUUCAUCACCAACGACCUCGAAUUCACCAGAGACAGGUCAUCCUUUCUAAUCAUCACUGGGCCCAACAUGGGCGGCAAAUCGACCUACAUCCGACAAGCCGGCGUCAUCGCGCUCAUGGCCCAAAUUGGCUGCUUUGUACCUUGUACCGAGGCAGAGCUCAGCAUAUUUGACUCCAUCCUCGCUCGUGUUGGUGCCAGUGACUCGCAGCUAAAGGGGGUAUCUACGUUCAUGGCAGAGAUGCUAGAGACGGCAAAUAUUCUAAAAUCUGCUACAAAAGAAUCCCUGAUCAUUAUCGACGAGCUUGGGCGAGGCACAUCUACGUACGACGGCUUCGGACUGGCGUGGGCCAUUUCGGAACACAUUGUCAAGGAGAUCGGCUGCUUCGCCAUGUUCGCAACUCACUUCCACGAGUUGACCGCCCUAGCGGAUCAAUAUCCCCAGGUGCGCAACCUGCACGUCACGGCGCACAUCAGCGGCACUGGCAAGGAUGGUAACAAUAAGCGUGAAGUAACGCUUCUGUACAAGGUAGAGCCGGGUAUUUGCGACCAGAGCUUCGGCAUACACGUGGCAGAAUUGGUGCGCUUCCCCGACAAGGUGGUACGCAUGGCAAAGCGUAAAGCCGACGAGCUGGAGGACUUUACGACCAAGCACGAGGACAAUACGCUGUCUUACAGCAAGGAGGACGUGGAGGAGGGUAGCGCAAUGCUCAAGCAGUUACUCGUACGGUGGAAGGAGCAGGUCAACAAGCAAGAGAUGAGCCAGGAAGAAAAGGUCGCCAAGUUGAAGGAGCUCGUGUCUGCUGAUUCGAAGCUACUGGCGAACCCAUUCUUUCAGUCAGUCAAGGCUCUGUAA